UGACGCGGCAACGGCCGAGGGUGAAUUUUCACCACGCCGGAGAUUGAAUCAGCUUUGUCUUUUUACUAUCAGCCAGCUUCAGCCAGCAGCGUCUGACUUGCUCGUCGCCUAUCUUUGAGUUGAGUUGCAUUGGCAUUGCGCUCUAUAUCCUCGUCAUAGCGAUCCAUUAUCACUGUAUCUUUGCACCACUCGUCUCUCAGCAUCAUCCACGUCACUGAGCCAAAUCUUGCAUCGCAACGUUCUGAAGAAGCCAUGAAUCGUCAUCAUCCGUACGGAGACAGUCCUAUAGGGCGCCGUGGAGGAUCUCCACCUGGCCCAGGGCCUGAGCGGUCGCACCGAUUUUCGGAUUACAGAGGUGGGCCCCCUGGGCGUGGGAGAGGAUAUGGUCGUGGUCGUGGCAGCGGCGGUGGGCCUGGAGGAGGCGGGGGAUACUAUGACAACAUGAACUAUGGUGCCUAUGAUCAAGGACCACCUCAAGGCGACCUGGGAUAUGGCAGCUAUGGAAACGCUCCCCAAGACCCGUACUACCAAAGCAACUAUGACGCCGGUUCGUCAGCUUCGUACCCUGCUACUCCUUCAGCAGGCUAUAGUCAGGGCUAUCCUAAAUAUGAAGACGCUCCAGGUGCUUUCGAUGAUGAUGCUUAUGGUCGCGGGCGACGUCCCCCACCCCCUCGCAAGGAAAGAGAUGACAAAGUUCACGAUUCCAUCAUUGAAGAGCGAAUUCAGCGCGAACGUCCCUGUAGGACCUUGUUCAUUCGUAACAUUAAGUAUGAAACCAAUAGCAAUGAUGUACGACGCUCGUUUGAGGAACAUGGUGAUAUUAAGACCUUCUUUGACUUGAUAUCAACACGAGGGAUGGUUUUUGUGUCAUACUAUGAUCUACGUGCCGCAGAGCGUGCCCGAGAACGUCUACAAGGAUCUGAAAUCAGCGGACGCCCGAUUGAUGUUCAUUAUUCUCUUCCCCGCGACGACAAUGCGAAGGAUGCCAAAAAUAACGAAAUGCAAGGAUGUUUACAAGUGACUCUCAGAAGUUCGCCGUCAGGUCAGCCAAUUGAUGACAACGAAGUGCGGCGGAAAUUUCAGCAGUUCGGUGAUGUGAAAUCUGUGAGACCUGUAGGCGAAAGAAUCGAUUCUCGGUAUGUUGAAUUCUAUGACACUCGAGCAUGCUUCGAAGCCCAUGAUCGAUUACGCCAUCAAGGCCUUCAAGACGGAGUGAUGGAUAUUGUUUUUGCGUGGGAUAUUAACAGCGAUGGUCCUCACAGCGGCGGUGGCAGGGAUGGCGGGCGUGAUCAGUGGGAUGAAGGAGCCGGGGCCCGUUCGCGUGGACGUGGGCGUGGGCGUGGUCGCGGCCGCGGCCGAGGCGGUCAUGAUGAUGACUUUGACCGCCGCAACGACUAUGGGCGAGAUCGUGAUAGGGGCGGCCGUGGCGGAGGUGCCCGAUACGACGAUGAUCACUCCGGAGGACGUGGUGGUGGCAGAGGUGGGUACAAUGAUCGCUAUGAAGAUCACCGUGGAGGAGGCGGAGGAGGAUAUGGUCCGCCUCAAUCCUACCCUAAUGGUUCGGUGUCUUCCUACAGUGAAGCACCACCACCUCCACCGCCGGUCUCUGACGAUCGUCUCGAGCAAGCACGAAAAGUCCAGCAGCUGCUUGCCGCACUCAAACAACCUGCCGGCAAUACACCUCCCCCAGCGGCGAACAGGCCUGCGGCUCCUCCGUCGAAUAUGCCGCCGUUGCCCCCACCGCCGAUGCAGCAACAGCAUAGCUCUGGUCCCAGUCCUGGCUUCUACCCUCCUCCUCCGUCUAGUGUCCCGGCUGCACCUCCGGCAGCUUCCUAUCUCCCGCCUCCUUCGCAGCCCACUGGUUCCGUACCGCCCCCCGCUGCUAAUCCUCUAAGCAGCCUCCCUCCGAAUGUCCUGGCCCUUCUGCAGUCGGCUCAGCAACAAGCACAAACACAAACACCACCACCCGCUGGUGGUGCUCCUCUGUAUGGUAUGCCGCCACCAGGGGCAAUGAUGCCUACUGCCCAAUCUGCUGCAGCAAAUGCUAAUGCAAGUUAUCAACAACUUAUGUCUUAUCUUCAAACGGCGAAACGUUCCUAAACGUUCUCAUGUGACUGUACAUAUCAGCGUGGUGACCAUACAUACUGUAGUUGUAUCACUCUUGCUUUAUUGUACGAAAAAAAUAGCGGAUUACGCUAC